CUUCCAGGCAUAUGGAAAAUGAAGUUUGUUUUUGAGUUAGUGAAGUUAGCAUUCAAGAGGUGUUUGAUGGCUGAAGAUGCAGAUGGGAACCUGUGACACUUUCAUAGAUCUUUUACAUAUUUCCCACCAUUUUAUGGGAAGUUAGGCAUCUAAUCUGGCAGACUAAUUAAUGGGAUUUUCAGAAGAAAUCAGAAUCUCUUUAAAAAACCCCAAACAAAAGAUGCCUGUAUAUCUUUUUUCCUUCUUAUAAUUUAGGUGGAAAAGAAAUAAUUUUUUAAAAUAAGUUCAGUUGAAGAAUAUUUAUGUAUUUUAUAUGUUUCUCUACCAAAUUGGAAAUAGUCAAUAUACUUGUUCCAUGUUACACACUGAAGGGUAGUGCCACUGCCACGUAUGUAGUGCAGUAUCUCUAUCAAUCUUUGCCUGACCUCAGAAAAUAAACAGAUUCAAGGAAGGCAAUUAAUAGCCUAUCCCAUAACUCAUUAACAUUUGAUGACUAAUUUUCUGAAUGGUCUCAUUCAGAUUUGAAGUACAUGAACAAGUGUUAACAAGCCACCUCAUUAAAACUACUUAAGCAAAAAGGAAUAAUUACUUAAAAACAAACCCUCUUAUCAACAUGUUACUUAAUGUUGCUCUCCAGCUUGAUAGGGAGGUACUUUGUAUCACCCAGUGAUUACAUGGUUUCAGCACCCUGUGGCCUUCCAGCAGCUACCUGCCAGUCCUGUUUUGGAUAGCUGGCUUCCAAGAAACAACCCAGAACAAAAUGGUCACUUCAGUGACAUCGUUGAAAGGGAAAGUCUCAUUCCUAGAUCUUGUAUUCAGGGAUCUUUUUUAUUCUAUCAAAAUUUCAGUUCAGGAUAUAAAGCUAACUUUGGCCAUAGAUCUUUUAAUCCGUACAUGAGAAAUGUCCACUGCUGCAUAGUUACUGGGACUCCAGCAGACAGUAGUGCAUCUGUAGACAUUUUUCAAGUCCCCAGUUUUUCAUUUAUCUCAGAUCCAAUGACUGUAUGCCAACCAGGCACAGCGCAAUGAGAGAGGUGUUGGGUUUAGACUAGCUACACCUCUUGGUUUCCUCCUUCGGAAGUACAUGGCUUUGGACAAGCUGCUUUUUAUUUCAGUGCCUCAGUUUUUUGGCCUCAAAGUGAGGAGAGUAUCUCCUCUAAAAUUGUCUUGAACUUUCCAAAGAGGUGUGAGAGAGAUAGGUAAUCUUGGAUUAUUUUCCAGGUACUAAAUGAUGUUACUACCACUUAUCCUAAUGUUUUCAACAGAUUCAAUUCUCUUGGGCAAAUGGCAAUAUAAAUUAUGACAAUUUUGGACCAGUAAUUCAGAGAUCCUUGAUGUAUUUAUUUCCAUUACAAGGGAACGGGAUGUGAGUCCUGACUUUGUGACAAAUACAAAACUUUGUUCUUUAGCAAAUGGUUAUUGUUGGCAGCAAAACACAGUAUGGAUGUGGAAAACAGGAAUCGUGUAUGUAGCAUGUUCCUACCAUGUGCACUUUCCUGAGUACACGACAGAUGGUUUUCUGUAAACCAAAGGCUCCAGCUUUGUAAAUGGAUGGUUCAAAGGUGAUCCACAUCGCAUAAAUGUUCUGCAACAGGAUUCCUGUCAUCUCCUCAAUCUUUUCUGCUACUGAGGGUCGUACUCAAAUGUUCCAGUUAUUUAUAGCAAUUAAUUUCACAGUUUCAACUUGUGUUCUGCUGAACAGGUCUGCUUUUUCAGUUAUUGACUGUCAGCAGCUUUCUGCCAAAAAUGUCUUUAAUCUUACUAGCAGGUGUAUAUCAAUUUCUCCAUGGCAUCCUUGACUUGUUCUGGUACCUAAUGACUGAACCAGUGCAUAUUAGUUUUCUUUUUUUUUCCUGUUUAUAUUAAAAAAAAAAAUAUAUAUAUAUAUAUUCUUUACAGUUACAUCAGAAAGGGAAGUUAUGGUAUCAACGAGUUCUUUUGCUAAAGCUUUGUGUUACUGAUGCUCUGCCCAAACAGAGCUUAAUCCACCAGCUUGUAUUGUUCUUGAAACUUUACUCCUAAGCCAGGAAAAACAAUGCUGUAGAGAGACUUGGGAUACCAGCAGAGCCACAAGCUAUUUAUUUCUGUGGGCCUAACACAUGUAGGGAGUCUGUGUGUCUCUCUUUAAAGUUCAGUGCAAAAUCUGUCAAUGGAUUGGGUUGCAUGGUGAGCUGUUCCCAGAGUACCAGGAGGGUGGGCAGUAGUGCAGAGAUGAGAUGCACACUGUCUUGGUGGAAAGAAGCUGUGACCUGAGGCAGAAGGUCAUACUUUAGAUGGAGCAGUAUCUCUAUACCCUCAAUGUAUUUAUGGUUUAGUGACUUCAGAGGUUACCUGAAACUAGGAGGUCUUCAGUCAAGAUUUGUGCUAGUGUCUGUUAUUGUAGCACACAGUAAUAUCUACUCCUUCCCCCAAGUAUCAAAGCCUUUUCUGUGUUCCUUAAUUAACUGCCUUCACCUCAACAGUGAGCGUUGGGUUUGACUAGCUGGACUGUUUUCCAGUUAAGAAACUAGGGAAAACCAAGAGUUUGAGAUUCUUGUUUGUGUAUAUUUAUCACUGAAAAAGAAAAAAGAUCAGGGACACUAAAUUAGUAGUAAUUAAAGUGGCAUUAAUUAAGCAUAUCUGUUUCAAGUGAGUGAAUGUUGAAAGACAGCUGUUUCUGAGUUGUAUUACAGGCAGGGCUGUGUUGAAACAGUAGAUCUUUGGUGUAGCUUGCAGGUAUUUCUACUGUCUUGGUCUUGCACUAAAUCUGAUGGUUUUGUUUGGCAUUUAAGGAAUGUCAUUUCACACAAGUUGUUUCUGCAUUCUCUGUUCAUUGUGAAUUGUAGUGAUAGUGAUAUCUUAGACACAAGACAAACAUGUCCUGGUUAUUCCUCAGUUUUGGAAUGCAGAAGAUGCAAGAUUAAAUAAAUCUGGAAGCAUUCGAUAGCUGUGAUACUCCGGUGUCCAUUAUGAUGUCAGUCAAGUGCAGCCACUGAUCACGAGAUGCUACCACAAAAUCUACCUCAGACUUCACUUUUGUUCGUUCAGUUGCUGCGUCAUAGAUCUCAACGGGAGCUCUGCAGACACUCUUGAAAGUCUCUGAACAGACUGGGACACCAAGUCACAGCAUGAUGACCUAAUAGGAGGUCAAAGUCUGAAACAUUGAUUCAGCAGUUCAAGAUAACACUGCCCUUUUUAUCAGUAUCACUUCUGAAGGCUACAGACCUCCUGCCAUUUCUUUCCUGGCUACUUCAGAAACACUCAGCUGACCUUUCUUUGGUGAAGAGAUCUUGACUUUUCUCUCUGGUCCUGGAACUAUUAAUGGAAUACAGUCAUGUCUACCCAGGACGAGAGGCAGAUAAAUACAGAGUAUGCUGUAUCCUUGCUGGAGCAGUUAAAAUUCUUUUAUGAACAGCAGUUGCUAACUGACAUAGUGUUGAUUGUUGAGGGCACUGAAUUUCCCUGCCAUAAGAUGGUUCUUGCAACGUGCAGCUCAUAUUUCAGAGCAAUGUUCAUGAGCGGGCUGAGCGAGAGCAAACAGACACACGUACACCUGCGGAAUGUGGACGCAGCCACUCUGCAGAUCAUCAUCACUUACGCAUACACGGGUAACCUGGCAAUAAGCGACAGCACCGUAGAGCAGCUCUAUGAAACUGCCUGCUUCUUACAGGUAGAUGAUGUGUUACAACGAUGUAGAGAAUACUUAAUCAAAAAAAUUAAUGCAGAAAAUUGUGUGCGUCUAUUAAGUUUUGCUGAUCUCUUCAGCUGUGAAGAGUUAAAACAGAGUGCUAAAAGAAUGGUGGAGCACAAGUUCACAGCUGUGUACCACCAGGAGGCUUUCAUGCAACUGUCACAUGAUCUACUGAUAGAUAUUUUAAGCAGUGACAAUUUAAAUGUGGAAAAGGAGGAGACAGUGCGUGAGGCUGCUAUGUUAUGGCUGGGGUACAACACGGAAUCACGCUCGCAGUAUUUGUCCUCUGUUCUUAGCCAAAUCCGGAUCGAUGCACUUUCAGAAGUAACACAGAGAGCCUGGUUUCAAGGCUUGCCACCUAAUGAUAAAUCAGUGGUGGUGCAAGGACUGUACAAAUCGAUGCCCAAAUUUUUCAAGCCCAGACUUGGUAUGACAAAAGAGGAGAUGAUGAUAUUCAUUGAAGCUGCUGCUGAAAACCCUGGUAGUCUUUACUCUUCUGUCUGUUACAGCCCACAGGCAGAGAAAGUUUACAAACUCUGCAACCCUCCCGCUGACUUGCAUAAGGUUGGGACGCUGGUAACUCCCGAUAAUGACAUCUAUAUAGCAGGUGGGCAGGUUCCUCUGAAGAACACAAAAACCAAUCACAGUAAAAGCAGCAAACUCCAGGCUGCCUUCAGAACUGUGAAUUGCUUUUACUGGUUUGAUGCGCAGCAGAACACUUGGUUCCCCAAGACGCCGAUGCUCUUUGUACGCAUCAAGCCGUCCCUGGUGUGCUGUGAAGGAUACAUCUAUGCGAUCGGGGGGGACAGCGUCGGCGGGGAGCUCAACAGGAGGACUGUGGAGAGGUACGACACCGAGAAGGACGAGUGGACCAUGGUCAGCCCCCUGCCCUGCGCGUGGCAGUGGAGCACGGCUGUGGCGGUUCACAACUGCAUCUACGUCAUGGCACACAACUUGAUGUACUGCUACUUCCCCCGCUCGGACGCCUGGGUGGAGAUGGCGAUGCGACAAACGAGCAGAUGUUUCGCCUCAGCUGCCGCUUUCGGUGAUAAGAUAUUCUAUAUCGGAGGACUGCACAUUGCCAGCAAUUCUGGGAUAAGGCUCCCCAGCAGUACUGUGGAUGGGUCUUCCGUAACAGUGGAGAUCUACGACGUGAAUAAAAACGAAUGGAGGAUGGCAGCCAACAUCCCUGCCAAGCGCUAUUCCGACCCGUGCGUCAGGGCCGUUGUCAUCUCCAAUUCCUUGUGUGUCUUUAUACGGGAGACCCACAUGAACGAGAGAGCCAAGUAUGCCACCUAUCAGUAUGACCUGGAACUCGACCGCUGGUUCCUGAAGCAGCACAUAUCGGAACGCGUGCUGUGGGACUUGGGGAAAGACUUCCGGUGUACUGUAGGAAAGCUGUAUCCCUCUUGCCUUGAAGAGUCCCCGUGGAAACCUCCAACGUAUCUCUUCUCACCAGACGGAGCUGAUGAAUUUGAGCUGGAUGGGGAGAUGGUUACUUUACCACCUGUAUAGCUCCCAAAUGAGACUGCACAACUGAGUCUGUGCUCAGUUAUAAAAUAAUAAAUGAAAUAAAUGGCUGUGAAAGAACAGCUCUGGGGACAGAAAUCUCAGAGCUGUCUUUCAUGAAUUGUAUUUUUAUGCCCUACCUAACACCUGCCGCCAUUCAGUAUGAAUUAGUGAAAUGAGCAGAUAUGCUUCCAUAAUCUCAAAUACUAUUAUCAGAUAAUUGAGAAAAAUAUAUGUAUAUCAUGAGCUUGAGCAUCUGACUUGUCUAAAGAAUUAAUUCUAGUUCUAUAAAGUCUCAGUUCAGGAAAAUUAGCUUAAGAAAAAAAGUAGUUAUUGUUUCUAGGAUGAUGUCACAACUCUUUUGAAAGUAUCUUCCAGUUACAUUUUAACUACUUCUGGAUAUUCUACUUAAGUGCUAGUUAUAUAAUUGUCAGUGUGGCCUAAUUAAAGGACUGUGCUGCACUUACUAAAUACUAAUAUCUAUGUUGGUAUAGUAAUGCCAUUAAAAGAAAAAGAAACAAAUCCCAUGGAUCUACACCUGUGGUAGGAAGGGUAGAUCUUCCAUUGUAUGGUAACAUGCUGGGCAAACUGACUGCAGGUUCAGUCAAGCUGUAUGAUGAGGUGCAUGUAUUCUAUUUUCACUAACUUAUACCUGUCUAUUUAGAAUACAGGUCUUCCAAGCAGCUGGUAGAUUACCAGGUGUGGACUUAAGUUGCUGGGCUUGCAAUAGGAAUUGCCAGCCCUCAUAGUGCGGGUCUAUGUGGGGCUUUAAUCAGUAAAUGCCUCCACAUUCUGUAUUACAGUAACAUUGGCUCAUGUAUAUUACUUCCUGCUGCUGAUGUAUUUUUCCAUUGUAAAACGAAGUUUUAGUGUGGAUUAACCAGGUCUUUAUUUUCUGUUAAUUUAAUAACAAGCAUUACUGUAGUGUGAUUGUGUAUAGAUAUCCCUUAGCUGUCAGGUUUUUUACUUUGGGGGGGGAAGCAAACUUCAGGAAUAUCCUGUGCUGUGUGUGCAGGAGAGCAGAUGCCUAGUGCUGCUCUGGCAUUAAUCCCAGGAACCACUAGCAGUAGCGGGGUGCCGCCAACCUAACAUGAACACAGGUGCUUCAUGACAAACCUUACUAGCAUGUUCAGCUGCAUCAUGUUCUGGCACUGUAUUUUGAAUGACAUUAAUUUAUUAAAAAAGACUGAAUCCAA